CGCGCCAUGCCGCGCUCGCACUCGAUCCCUUCGACACCAUCCCUUCAACUAGAACCGCGGGAAAGGAAGUGUCAGCUCUUCGUUUUUACUGCAUUUUUUUCAUCGAAAAAGGUUUGUAUCUUGCCCAUUAGAGCAGUCAGUAUUAUAUUCCUCAGUUCUCUACCCGAAGGGCUAAAAUAUAAACAAUGGCAUUGGCGCAGGAUCCCGCUGCAGCGGUUCAACAAAUAAAACCUGAUGGUCAAGGGCCGGUUCCUCAGGCUACGUUCAAGCUGGUGUUAUGCGGUGAUGGAGGUACUGGAAAAACGACAUUUGUAAAGCGCCAUUUAUCCGGAGAGUUUGAGAAGAAAUAUGUUGCCACCCUUGGAGUCGAAGUUCACCCCUUGAGGUUUAUGACGAACCGAGGUCUCAUCCAGUUUAACGUCUGGGAUACGGCGGGCCAAGAAAAGUUUGGUGGUUUACGCGACGGCUACUACAUUCAAGGUCAGUGCGCCAUCAUCAUGUUCGACGUCACAUCCAGGGUCACGUACAAGAACGUGCAAAACUGGCAUCGAGAUGUGACCAGGGUCUGUGAGAAUAUACCCAUCGUGCUGUGUGGGAACAAGGUUGACAUCAAGGACAGAAAAGUCAAAGCCAAGACCAUCACCUUCCAUCGGAAAAAGAACCUGCAGUAUUAUGACAUCAGCGCCAAGAGUAACUACAACUUUGAGAAGCCCUUCCUGUGGCUGGCUCGUAAGCUGUUAGGAGAUGCUAACCUGAGUUUUGUGGAGAUGCCUGCCUUGCAACCACCGGAGGUUGAAAUUGAUGAGGCUACUCUUAUCCAAUACAACCAAGAUCUAAGGGAAGCUCAAAGGACGGCCCUACCAGAUGACGAUGAAGAAUUGUAAUAUAAAGCCUUCCCCAACAAACAAAAUGUUGUAAACACUGUUUUGUAAAAAUAUUUUGAUUCGGUCAGAAGACAUAUGAUAGAAUAAAAACAUUUAUCAAUUGACUGCCACACAGGUGUUGUAACGGUACCUGUUGUAACACGUAGUGUCAUGGCACAGGAGCAAUUUUUUACUUUUAUGACAGUUGUAAUUUUAGAAGAGUGACUCAAUACAAUCAAAGUCGCACUUAAGAUGUAAAAAAGAAUCAAUGAUGGAUUUGUUCAGUCAUGGCUCAUGCACAACUUGUUUUUGGAAAAGCCAGCCACUAGCUACCGAAGUGUGACGUCAUUUUGAACCAGGAAGUGUAGUGCAAACGAAUGGAGUACGCGCGCGUGUUGGUUCACAGGCUGAAUCACGCGCUAAUGUCUUUUACACGCAUAACUGUGCGCGUGAUGUUUUCACUUCGGUACUCUAUUCUGAGUUGUCGCAAGGUCGACCUGAGCUCAUGUUACCAUUUACGUUCUGCCCCAGACUGGGACCUCGAGUGCUGAAAAACAUGCAAAACUAAAUCAGGCCAACUUGACUCACUCUUUAGCCAGUAAAACUCUCCAAAAUUGUCAUUGGCCAAAGAAAAGAUCUUCAGUAUAUUUCACCAACCAUGUUUGAAGACUCAAUUCAAUUUUUAAAGGAGACUUUUCUUCAAUAUUUUGCACAUGAGCGAGAAGUCGAGUGAUUUCAAAAUGAGGCUAAAGACUAGACGGGUACAUGUCCAACCAUGGACCAACUGUUUGAAAAGACUGACCUCAUUCAUUGUCAUUAGUCUGGUGGAUGACUAUGGAGAAAUGUGUAGAAAAAGAGGCUAGUACCUUACAUCCUAGAUAUUUCUUUUGGCACAGUUGAUUGAUGCAGUACUGAAGGGUUGUCGGACUAGUUGUUUCAGGUGCCAGUCUAUCUUCUUGUACUGCAUGUUUUUAAUAUCUAAAGAUUUGGGACUCUCAUACACAGUAUUGAGAGUCCCAAGUUAUCGGACUAGUUCUGCCCAUGCUUUCAUAACAUCCUACCUCCUUUGCAAAUGUUCAUUAGAGAGCUCCCAUUGUGAUCCAAGCAGAGUCCCCCAUAGUUAAGCAAAAGUCUGAUUCGGAGAGUGCUUAUUGACUGUAUAUUGGGUGGCAUGGGUGGCUUGUGCGUAAAGCGCUCGCCUCUCACCAAGGUGACCACGGUUCGAAUCCUGGCCGCGGAUCGCAUGUGAG